UUACAGGAAACCAGGCGAUAGAGUUGGAACAAAGCCGCCGCCUGUGAGAAACACAGCCUCGUGAGAUGGACAUCGCCAAAUCAAUAUUUGGACCAAAAGUUCCUGACGGCUAUGGUGGAAAAGAAGAUUACAAUGAGGCGUGAACGAUGAAGACGCGAACGGUGGUGAGCGGCCGCUGCCUGGCCGCCUGCCUGGCCGCCACCCUCUUGGUGGUCCUCCUGCUGGCCCUGAGCCCCCUCUCAGCGCCCGACUGCAACUGCGGCCGCUUCGAGCCCCUCGAGACCCCCCUCUCUUCGGACCGGCUGGCUGUCCUUGUGCCCUUCAGGGACCGUUUUGAUGAACUGGUCGAAUUUGUGCCACACCUGACCAACUUCCUGCAACACCAGGGCGUCAACCACGAGAUCUUUGUGCUGAACCAGGUGGACCAGUUCCGCUUCAACCGCGCCAGCCUCAUCAACGCCGGAUUCAAAGUUGUCCGCCGCACUUUCGACUACGUUGCCAUGCAUGAUGUCGACCUUUUGCCCUUGAACCCCGAGUUGUCCUACGCUAGACCGGCCGACGGCCGCCCCUUCCACGUAGCCGCCCCCCACCUGCACCCCAGGUACCACUACCCAACCUUCGUCGGUGGAAUUCUGCUCAUCUCUGUCAAGGACUUUGAGCAGGUCAACGGCAUGAGUAACAAGUACUGGGGUUGGGGGUUGGAGGAUGACGAGUUCUACGUGCGAAUGCGGGACGCCAGGUUUAACGUGACGCGGCCUGGCAACCUGACGACCAACACGAGCAACACCUUCUGGCACAAUCACAACACGUCGCGCAGGAAGCGGGACUUCACCAAGUGCUACCACCAGAAGGAGGUGACCCGCCGCAGGGAUCGCUACACGGGGUUGAAGGACGUCAAGUACCAGGUGGUGGCGCGCCACCACCUCAAGAUCGACAACAUCCCCUUCACGCUGCUCAACAUCGAGUUGGAGUGCGACAAAGUUCUCACCCCGUGGUGCGAGUGCGAGGAGCCAAAGGAGAAGGCCAAGCCAAAGACUUGAAUAAGUGUGCCUUCCCGUAGAAAGUAUUAUUUGGAGAGGCCAUAUGAACUGCCAUAUUGUUUGAAACGCAGCACUUUUUGUAAGAAUUAAGAAGUGGCAAAUGGAUUAACUGUAGGGAGUAUUUAGCUGCUUCUAGUCUGUAAUUCUACUGUGAACGUUUUGUUUUCUGUUCAAGUGAUAUUAUUUUUUUUACUGAUUUUGUUUACGAAUCUUUA